AUGCAUGGGGGCAAGAGAGGACUGGUGGCUCCGCAAAACACUUUUCUGGAAAACAUCGUGCGGCGCUCCAGCGAAACCAGUUUCCUCUUAGGGAAUGCACAGAUCGUGCAGUGGCCGGUGGUUUACAGCAAUGAUGGAUUCUGCAAGCUGUCUGGAUACCACAGAUCGGAAGUCAUGCACAGGAGCGGCACCUGCAAUUUCAUGUACGGUGACCUGACUGACAAGAAUACAAUUGACAACAUCAGAAGGACCUUUGAUAACUAUGAGUCCAACUUCUAUGAGGUGCUGCUCUAUACUAAGGAUAGAACACCAAUCUGGCUUUACAUGCAGGUCGCUCCGAUCAGAAAUGAAAAUGACAAGGUGGUUCUUUUCCUCUGCACCUUCAGAGACAUCACACUUUUCAAACAGCCCAUUGAGGACGAGGCAACAAGAGGAUGGACAAAGUUUGGCAGACUGACCCGUGCACUGACCAACAAUCGCAACCUGGUGCAGCAGUUGGCUCCGCUGAGCCAGACCGAGGUCAGCCACAAGCCCUCCAGACUGGCUGAGGCUCUCCAGCUGGGAUCAGAAAUUCUCCCUCAGUACAAACAAGAGGCACCGAAGACCCCCCCACACAUCAUCCUCCACUACUGCACCUUCAAGACCACCUGGGACUGGGUCAUCCUCAUCCUUACCUUCUACACGGCCAUCAUGGUUCCCUACAACGUCUCCUUCAAGACGAAGCAGAACAACCUGGCGUGGCUGGUUCUUGACAGCGUGGUGGACGUCAUCUUCCUGAUUGACAUCGUGCUCAACUUCCACACCACCUUUGUGGGACCUUCUGGAGAGGUGAUUUCAGACGCGAGGCUGAUACGGAUGAAUUACCUGAAGACGUGGUUUGUCAUCGACCUGCUGUCCUGUCUGCCCUAUGACAUCAUCAAUGCCUUUGAACAUGUAAAUGAGGAUAUUAUUACAUCUGCGACUACAGCAAGUCACGUGCGGGAGACACCAAACUUCCACAGGAAUACCACACGGGCAGAAGACUCUUUUCUACCAGGUCUCAGCAGCCUGUUCAGCUCCCUGAAAGUGAUCCGCCUGCUUCGACUCGGCAGGGUGGCCCGUAAAUUGGAUCACUACCUGGAAUACGGAGCGGCCGUCCUUGUUCUGCUAGUGUGUGUCUUCGGCCUGGUGGCCCACUGGCUGGCUUGUAUCUGGUACAGCAUCGGGGACUACGAGGUCAUCGAUGAGACCACCAACACCAUAAAGACAGACAGCUGGCUCUACCAGCUGGCCCUGAGUAUCGGGACUCCAUACCGCUACAACGCCAGCGGGACAGGAAAGUGGGAAGGCGGUCCCAACAAGGACACGCUGUACAUUAGUUCGCUCUACUUCACCAUGACCAGUCUCACCACCAUCGGCUUUGGAAACAUCGCUCCGGCCACAGAUGGCGAGAAGAUUUUCUCAGUGGCGAUGAUGAUGGUCGGCUCACUGCUGUAUGCCACCAUCUUUGGAAACGUCACCACCAUCUUCCAGCAGAUGUACACCAACACGAACCGCUACCAUGAGAUGCUCAACAAUGUGCGUGACUUUUUGAAGCUUUACCAGGUUCCCAAAGGUCUGAGUGAACGCGUCAUGGACUUCAUCGUCUCCACCUGGGCCAUGUCCAAGGGCAUAGACACAGAUAAGGUUCUGGCAAUUUGUCCCAAAGACAUGCGGGCCGAUAUCUGCGUCCACUUAAACAGGCAGGUGUUCAACGACCAUCCUGCAUUUCGCCUGGCCUGUGAUGGCUGUCUGCGCUCUCUGGCAGUAGAGUUUCAGACCACACACUGUGCACCUGGAGACCUCAUCUUCCACAUCGGAGAGAGUGUCGACACACUCUGCUUUGUGGUCUCUGGCUCACUCGAGGUCAUACAGGAUGAUGAGGUCAUCGCUAUACUGGGAAAAGGUGAUGUGUUUGGAGAUGUGUUCUGGAAAGAAACCACAAUGGCCCGGUCUUGUGCAAAUGUCCGUGCUUUGACUUACUGCGACCUGCAUGUUAUCAGGAGGGAUGCUCUGAUGAGAGUGCUGGAGUUUUACACAGCAUUUGCCAACACGUUCUCCCGCAACCUCAUCCUUACCUGCAAUCUUCGAAAACGGGUCAUCUUCAGGAAGAUCGCAGAUGUGAAGAGGGAGCAGGAGCGCCAGAGGACCGAGGUGACCCUCUCCAUUCCUGACGACCACCCGGUCCGUAAGCUGUUCCAGAGGUUCAGACAGCAGAGAGACACUACGAUACCGGGGCAUUCCAACGCUUACUGUGAACACAACUGUGUGCAGAUCGACUCAAACUCCAAAAGUAUUUCCUCUCAGCCUUUUCUGGCUGUGAAGAAUAAUUCACCCUGCACGGGGGGAGGCCUGGAUGCACCUCCUCAAGCGUUAAUGUACACUGAGAACUCAGGGCAAAGCUGCACACAGGAGGCUGGGGAGUCUAAAUCGAAGCCUUGUGAAGACAAUCAACUGUCCUGCCCUGUGCGGGGAAGCAGUGCAGGUCGAGAGGGAGCUCCAAGCAUCGUUACAAACAGCAAAGGUCCUCGAGGUUGGGCAAAGUUUAAAAAUGUCACCUCAGCCGCACCACCGCCUCCUGCUGUGGAGCCUGAGAAGCAGCCAAAGAAGGAGGAGGAGUGGCCAAAAGGAUGCUCAGAACAGUUAGCCGUGACCAACAAGAACCAGGAUUUGGAGGAGGGCGGGGAGACGGGGAGCACAGAGGGUGGAACCAGUGCCGGAGAAGCAGGUGAAGAAACAAGCGCCCUGCACAAAACAGACUCCUGUGACAGCGGCAUCACAAAAAGUGAUCUACGCAUUGACCGAGCUGGAGAGUCAAGAAGCUCCUUUGAGAGAAGCCCGAUGGAAAAGAGCCCAAUGGAGAAAAAUCCAUUCGGGCUCAGCCUGGGGGUCGACUCCCUCAGACACUCCUUUCCUCAGCCAGUGUCUGAACAAGCACUCCUUCACGCCACCCUUCACGACGCAAAGCUAGAGCUGAAGGCAGACAUUCAGGUCCUGAGCGGCCGCCUGUCGGUGCUCGAGACGCAGGUGAGCGAGGUCCUCAGGCUGCUGUCGGUAAAAAGAAGACUGUCGCUGCCGCCGACGUCAUCGCCGAAGGCCAGAGUGAAAAGUCAUGACUUGGCUGAGGCCUCCUCUAGGCUUGUUGCACCAAAAAAAGAUGAUGGACCGUUUUAAAACUUCUUGUAAUAAAGAAGUUUUCACCAGUUUGCAUGUCUUGAUCUUCUGCCAGAGAAGUGUCUAAGAUUGAACACUUGACUGCAUGCAGUAAAUAUCUUGAUUUAACCCAGGGAAUAUUCUUGUACUCUUGUUUUUUUGGAAGCACUUUUAUGCUCCUUUGUAUGUCACGGUUUGGAAAGCCAAAACUGAAAUUAGUAUUUUUGAACACUUGUUUUAAAAGGAGUUAAGUAGGGGGAAUAUAUUUUCUAUAUCUUUAUCAUUUUAUCACGGUCUUCCUGGAAUGAUUUUCUUCUUGAUUUAAAUUCAAAGUGCUUGGCACAACUUUCAGAGUGAUGAAAUAACUUUACAGAUCAGUUAGGUGACAGUGAGAACCAACCUUAGAGUUACUGUCAGGUAAUGACCAUAGACUGUAAAUAUUAAGGUAAUGACACGUGCCUUACAAUGAUAAAGCCUCAUUCAGAGUUUGAUGGGAUGUGAUCAGGUCUUUAUGGUGUUGGCAUUUAACUCUUUUUUUCUUGUUCUUCACCAGACAAUAAAUACAAACACAUUAUUUAAAACUUGAAACUAAAUAUUGGUUUAGUUGAAUUUGUUACUGAAUUAUGCAUAUGCUGUUUAGAACAUUUUUAAAUUUUGCAUGUGAAUUAGGAAUAGGAAUGCAGAAAUGGACAUUUGAUUAUAGAUUUAUUCAACUAGCCUAUAGAUCAUUCCAUUCAUUUCAUUGUUCAAGAUUUAUUUUCCUUAAAACUAAUGU